AUGACGAUACCUCGUUACCUUACAGCGCAAAAGAUCAGUCUUCUUGUUUUGACUCGGCUCUACUGCACUUCUCCUCUCCCUUCUUCCGCGACAAUACCCGUUCUCUCCUUCAUCUUGUCAGACAGCUUGCCUUCAACACCAUCCAGCGCACGGCCACAGCCCUCUACCUCAAACCAGCAGGAUGCAUCUUUUUCGAUCGAUGCAUUCGAAGAUGUUCUCCAAGGACAUGCGUCAAACAUACCGGGCCGGACCCUGCUCGACCUAUUUCUCAAGCAAAUGUGGGAGAUAAAUUCUUUCGAUGCGCUGCAUGCUCUCUUUGACAGUAUUCCGGAGAUUGUUACGGGGCAGCAGCCAUCAAACCAAGAUGAGGAGAUACCAGACCGCACUUAUCUAUCCAAAACGUCGCCCCUUGGUGCAUUUGUUCGUAGAGCACAUUUGGAGUUUACAAGACUGCAAUUCGACGAUUCAAUGAAACUCUGGUCAUCAUUCAUUAAAUACAGAGCUCCAACAGCGCAAUGGACCAAGCGGCUUGCUGGCCUAGCUUCAAGCGGCGUCGAUGUGGUCACUUCUGAGAUGGACUUGAGAGCUGGAGAUGAUGUGUAUGAAAUCGCAUACGGCCACCUAGAGGACCAAGAAGAGCAGGGUGCAGAUACAAGCCUGGAUGACCUGGAUCGGAUACUCGACUUCCAACUUGAUCGAUUGCAAAAGUUUGGAGAUCGCGUUCCAGAUGAAAUGAAAAGUCGGUUGCGCAGCAUGGUGAGCCCGUCAGGACAGGUACAUCGCCAGGCGCAUCUGGUGCACUUUUUCGAUGCCUGGAAGGCGGGAGACUACACAUCCGCAUUUGACAAUCUGCAUCGCUACUACGACUAUGCUAUGCAGACACGUGAGAAAAUUCAUUACCAGUAUGCCCUGUUACACAUGGCUAUUCUGCAGGCAGAUUUUGGCUGCUUUGGUGAGGCUAUAGCUGCUAUCAACGAGACUAUUGCAACAGCUCGGGAAAACCAGGACAUGACUUGUUUGAGCUUUAGUCUUAGCUGGUUGAACCAUAUGGCCAAAGCAUACCCAAAGCAGAUGAGAGGUGCAGGGUACAUGAGCAUGCUUGGAAGUGAGCGAGAUGCAUUGGCAUUCCUUAAGGCCAAGGCAAAAGAUGCUAAAAUGUAUCAUCUACUCAGCGCAAGUCUUCUCAACGAGGCAAAGCUUUCUCUCUCAACAGGCGAUUCCAUCCCACGAGCACUGGAACACAUCUACCAGUCCUCCCACCUCAACAUCAAAGAGAAUGUAAACAGCUAUGGCGGUCAAAUGCUUCUCAUUGGAACGCUCUACAACCGCCUUGGCAUACCACAUCUAUCUAACGUGCACUGCGAGCUCCUUCUUGACUGCUACUCGCACUCAUGUCCCGUUGAAGAGCGUCUCCGUGCCAUUGGGCGCAAAGCCUUUGUCACCAGUCAGAGCGGCAACUACGAUGAAGCGAUGUCUAUCCUCGAAUCUGUGGAUACAUCCAUACACAAGUCUCUCAAGUUCAAUCAGUUCCUCAUUCUAUGUAUGGGCCUCAUCAAGUUGAGAAAAGCUAUCCGAAGAUCUGACUGGCCAACGGCUACGCACCUCCUCGAGACACUCAAGCCCUCCAGCUCCCCUUCCACGCCCCCACUUGACCCAGAACUGUCGUUCAUCCAGCACGACACUUAUAUCAACUAUCUCAUCUCGACAGCUCAGUUUCCACUUGCGUACCAAUGCAUUUCAGCUCUUGCCCAGUCUCUUAAAGAAGAUAAUGCCGAUAUCCAACAGCGUAUUUCUGUACUGCUUAUGCAAGCUGAUCUCUGGAUCAAAGUGGGGAAACCAGAGAGAGGCUUCAGUGUGGCACUCCGGGCAGCGAGUGUAAGUUUCAGGGCACGCUUGGGAUUCACACUUUGGUGUGCAGUGGGCUGUCUAGGCGCAAUCUUGAAUUCGCUAGGCGAGUAUCAAGCGGCGAAGAGGUUGGUCGAGGGUGUGCUUCCUCAGGCUCUAGAAGGCGGCGACAAAAUGCUCAUCGGAACUCUAUACUCGCACUUAUCAGAUUCCUACAUGGGCCUUGCUAAUCCCAAUCUCCCACUUACCACUACCGUUACGGCUUCCAACCCGCCCCAAACACCUGCGACUCCCACAGCACCAUCGUACCGUUCCCGUUCUACCAAUGUCGCCAAAGCAGAACUCUACAUUGAUCGUGCACGCGAUAGUUUCCGGAAAGCGGGGUACCUAGAUGGCGAAUGCGAGCAGCUGAUGAAGAAGGCGAUCAUCGCCAAAUUGCGGGGUGACGAAAAAGUAGCGGAGGAAUGGGCAAUGAGGCACAAUAGCGUUUGGGAGGAAGGACUUGCGGCACUAGAAGGCUAA